CCUCUGGUCACGCGACACAUUCUCUCCGCCCCGGUGAGCCGCGCCUGCGCGGGGCAUCGCUGUGCCUAGCAACCGCAGCGGAGGAUGGCAAAAGCGACCACCAUUAAAGAGGCUCUGGCCAAGUGGGAAGAAAAGUCAGGUGAGAAGGCAGCUGAAGCAUUGGAGGUGAAGUUGUAUGGUCAGGUCCCUCCUAUUGAAAAGAUGGAUGCGUCCCUUUCAACACUGAGUAAUUGCGAAAAAUUGUCUCUUUCAACUAAUUGCAUUGAAAAAAUAGCGAAUUUGAAUGGACUAAAGAAGUUAAAAAUCCUAUCACUAGGAAGAAACAACAUAAAGAAUUUCAACGGCCUGGAGUCAGUCGGGGAGACAUUGGAAGAAUUGUGGAUAUCGUAUAACUUAAUAGAGAAGCUUAAAGGAAUUCAUGCCAUGAAGCAGCUCCGAGUGCUAUACAUGUCGAACAACUUAGUGAAGGAUUGGGCUGAGUUUGGCAAGCUGGCUGAUCUUCCUAACCUGGUGGACCUUGUAUUUGUGGGGAACCCAAUAGAAGAGAAACACUCAUCGGAAGGCGUCUGGGUGGAUGAAGCAACAAAGAGGCUGACUCGGCUGAAGAAACUAGAUGGGAUCCCUGUCAUUAAACAGGUGGAAGAAGAGGCUGAUGACUAACUGACUGAGGCCGAUGUCUGAACAACCUUCCUAUUGCACUUUCUCUACUCUCCUUGCAAGUGAGCAUUGUCUGAAGAUCUCACAGCCCAGUCUUUGGAAAUUUCCCAGCACGUUCUCAUUGUGUUGCCUCGUGAUUUUUGUCAUGUUUGUUGAAAACUGUGAGCUUCCAAAAUCUACUGACCAACAACUAGAAACUACAACCACUAACAGGAAAAUAAUUGCUUGAACUACAGAUUUCUUUACUUUAAUUUCUUUUGUAUACUUUCGUGUGACACGAGCAUUAACUUACAGAUGCUGUUUGACAACAUGGUAAACUGUUGCUCAUUUCUGGUAAAGCACAUGAAACUAUUUUCUGUAAAACGAACAAUUUGUAAUUAUAAAUGAAUAUGAGAUAUUGUUACAAUGUAGUUAAUGAAUGUGAUGUUCAUAGAUAAGGUCCUACCUUUGCUUCUAAUGUCAUAAAGCAGCAGCUUUUCCCUAUGUUCAAUUCAUCAAGCAUACUUUUUUAAGUGAUAGUCUCAUUUUUGUAAAGUGCUUUUAUCUGUUUUAUACGAAAUUAUUUAUCAGACGAUGUUGUACAUGUACGCACAAUCUUGUGGAAAAAUGAUUUAUUCUGGUAAUGAUUAAAUAUAAUUAACUUUCCUUA